UGUAACUGUUCGGCGUUCGGCUUGUCUCCCCUCCCCUCGUUCUUCUACCCCCAAGACAUGCUGGUGGCUCUUUCGCUUCUUGCGAUAUCACUCUCCAUACUGAUCUACAAGCAUCCACCUUCGACAUGGCGCCUAUCUCACUCUCACACGGAAAGCGCAUCGAUCGACGGAAAGCCCGCGCAGUCGCAGGAUGGCAGCGCAGAGCCGCGCAGAGCAGCUACAGAGCCGUCCGAAGCGCCCCCGGCCCAGGACGAUAGCGCCACGGAAGAGUCAUUGCAACCCACUCCCUCGCCACAAACUACUCCGAAAGCAACCCCAAGCGAUUCGAACGUAGCCACCAUACCAACCUUCACACUGGCAACCCACGAGAGCUCCGAUGAAGAGGAAGACGACCUCCCCCCGCCCUCAUUCCCCGCCCUGAACUCCGCGCAAAGGACAUCUGCUCCACUCAGAGCCGCGCCCAUGGCCCCGCCGGCGAGACCUGCGUCGAUGGCUCCUCCUCCGAGGCCCACGCCCUCCCUCAUGCCGCCCCCACGAAUCAACGCUUCAAAUCUACGCGCCCUUCCCACUCCCUCGCAGUCAAUGCAUGUACCGACGACUGGCCCUCUUCCUAAUCGCGGACCGGUCCCAGACCGAGGACCGCCCGUGUCAAAUGGAGGCCUGGCACCCACAGUCAAGAACUCAAACUCGCGAGGCAAAGUCCUUCUCUCGCCCGGGCACUCGCCUCUCGACUGGGCGAAUCUGCAACGUUCCGGGAAGAAUAUGUCAGGUGUAUCGUCGCUCAUUCGCGUGACGCCCGACAUGCUCAAGCACAACAAUGGGAGGAAGAGAAAGCCUGCGUGGUCGAGCUACCAGGGUAAGGUAUACAACAUCACGCCGUAUCUUCCUUUCCAUCCGGGAGGUGAAGGGGAGCUACGAAGAGCUGCGGGAAAAGAUGGCGGGAAGCUGUUCAUGGAGGUGCAUCCGUGGGUCAAUUGGGAGAAUAUGCUGGGCGAAUGUCUGGUCGGUAUUAUGGUCAGCGAAGAGCAAGCGCCGAUAAGGAGCAGCUUGGAGGAUAUGGAUUGAUUUUGAUGAUACCCCGUAAUCGGCAUUAGAAGGCGUAGGUUUAGAUGGACAUAUCUAUUUUUUGGUCGUAACUUAGUCUGACUUGUCAUCGAGUGGUUCAUAUUCUCUAUCGUUCUUUGAUAUUUCUAAGGCUGCGUUUGCUCUGCGCAUGCCUCAGAGAAGCUUUAAGACUGCAGUUGACUUUGGAAAGCUCGAGGCAGGAUGGCAUGACAUCUGGCAUCAACUCCUUUCGACGCCAACUUCCAUUGACUGCCUGUACGUCGCCUUCAAGGUUUCUAUUCGUCGACGUCAUGGAAUGAUUGAUAUUGGUGGCUGCUCUCUUACGCGCAGGUUCGAAAACAUUGGGUGGUGUGGUAUGAGGGUCAAACAACACCGUAGUGCCCUCUACGUGGUACUGAGCGAAGUAUGUUGGAACG